CCCGGAAGAUGUUACGACCUUCGGCCCAUUGUUAUCGUUUUACCGCAUGAUGAGGACGGCGCAGUGAUCGAUUUUCUACAGAAAGACACAUCCCAAACUGCCUCUUGUGGUUUUAAAACCUGAAACGGAGCUACAAAGAGCAGGUCGGGUAGAAGUCGAGGAGAGGCACUUCAACAUGAACUCGGAGAGGAAACUGUCAGUGGACCAGCGGAGAGCUUUACCUUCAGAUGUCCAGAAAGUGAUUGUUGGCGAAGAACAUCCGCAGGAGUGGAGCUCCAGUCUGGACCAGGAGGACACAAAGCCCCCACACAUUAAAGAGGAACAGGAGGAACUCCGGAUCAGUCGGGAGGGAGAGCAGCUUCAAGGGCUGGAGGAGGCUGAUACCACAAAGUUCCCAUUCACUCCUGUCCCUGUGAAGAGUGAAGAUGAUGAAGAGAAACCUCAGUUCUCACAGCUUCAUCAAAGACAACCUAAACCGAUGGAAACAGAAGCUGAUGGAGAGGACUGUGGAGGACCAGAACCAGCCAUGAAAUCAGAUCCAGAUGCACAUUUACAACCAGCUACUGAUGACGAGACUGGAGACUCUUCAGAAACUGAGACUGAUGACAGUAGUGAUUGGAAGAAGGCCAGAGAACCUCAGUCAGGUCUAAACCUUCUGAAUAGUGAUGAAGCCCCUGUCAGUGAUUUGCGAUUUAGUACUGGUGGGAAAACGUGUGAGAAAAGGUUUGGCACCAGUGGACAUCUGAAGCAACACGUGAGAUCUCAUACAGAAAAGAGACCUUUUAGCUGCUCAGUCUGUAAGAAGGCUUUUAAACAGAGGGGACAUCUGAAACAACACAUGAGAAUCCACACAGGAGAGAAGCCAUUUAGCUGCUCAAUCUGCAAAAGAGCUUUUACAGAGAGUGGAAGUCUACAUAAACACAUGAGAGUCCACACCGGAGAGAAACCGUUUAGCUGCUCUUUCUGCAACAAAACCUUUACAGAGAGCGGAAGUCUACAUAAACACUUGAGAAUCCACACAGGAGAGAAAACAUUUACCUGCUCUAUCUGUAAGAUAGCUUUUACACAGAGUGGAAAUUUGCAGACACACAUGAGAAUCCACACAGGAGAAAAAUCAUUUGGCUGCUCCAUCUGUAAGAAAUCUUUUAGAGUGAGCGGAAGUUUACGGGUACAUAUGAGAAUCCACACAGGAGAGAAACCGUUUAGCUGCUCUGUCUGUAAGAAAUCUUUUAGAGUCAGUGGCAGUUUACAGAUACACAUGAGAAUCCACACAGGAGAGAGACCAUUUAGCUGCUCAGUCUGUAAGAAAGCCUUUACAGAGAGUGGAAAUUUACAGCAACACAUGAGAACCCACAUAAAAGAAACCAUUUACUCGCUAUUUAGGAUUUCGAGACAACAACGUCCGGAUAUGAAAAGAACAUCGAUUGCCAACGAAGAACUGGCGUCACUGGAUGUGGUUUUAAACUCCGACAUGAAGCUGCUGGGAGAAGCAGCUUUACCUUCAGAUGUCCAGAAAGUGAUUGUUGGUGAAGAACAUCAGCAGGAGUGGAGCUCCAGUCUGGACCAGGAGGACACAAAGCCCCCACACAUUAAAGAGGAACAGGAAGAACUCCAGAUCAGUCAGGAUGAAGAGCACCUUCAAGUGCUGGAGGAGGCUGAUAUCACCAAGUUCCCAUUCACUCCCGUCUCUGUGAAGAGUGAAGAUGACGAAGAGAAUCCUCAGUUCUCACAGCUUCCUCAAAGCCAAACUGUAGAGAUGAGAACAGGAAACUCGUCUGAACCUGAGACUGAUGACGGUGAAUGGAAGGAGACCGGAGAACCUCCGUCAGGUUUAAACUCUCUGAAUAAUGAUGAAGUCGGUGAUUCGACAUGUGGUACUGGUGAAGAACCAGUAAGCUGCUUUGAGUGUGGGAAAAGAUUUGGCAGCAGUGGACGCCUGAAGAGACACGUGAGAUCUCAUACAGCCGAGAAACUAUUCAGCUGCUCAGUCUGUAAGAAAGCUUUUAUAAAGAGUGGUCAUUUACAGUCACACAUGAGAAUCCACACAGGAGAGAAACCAUUCAGCUGCUCCAUCUGUAAGAAAGCUUUUACAGAGAGUGGAAGUUUAAAUAGACACAUGCGAAUCCACACAGGAGAGAAGCCAUUUAGCUGCUCCAUCUGUAAGAAAGCUUUCAUAGAUAGCGGACAGCUGAAGAAACACAUGAGAAUCCACACAGGAGAGAAGCCAUUUAGCUGCUCAGUCUGUAAGAAAGCCUUUGCAGACAGUGGACAUUUACAGAAACACAUGAGAAUCCACACAGGCGAGAAGCCAUUUAGCUGCUCAGUCUGUAAGAAGGCUUUUACGGUGAGUGGACAUCUAAAGGCACACAUGAGAAUCCACACAGGAGAAAAACCAUUUAGCUGCUCCGUGUGUAAGAAAGCUUUCACAGAGAGUGGACAUUUAAGGGAGCACAUGAGAAUCCACACAGGAGAGAAACCGUUUAGCUGCCCUUUCUGCAACAAAGCUUUUAGUAAAAGUGGACAUGUACAGGCACACAUGAGAAUCCACACAGGAGAGAAGCCAUUUAGCUGCUCUUUCUGUAGCAAAGCUUUUAGCAAAAGUGGCAAUUUACAGACACACAUGAGAAUCCACACAGGAGAGAGCAGGAGAGAAAAUGAAUGAGUCUCUAAAGGGUAUGCGAGAUGUCAUACUUUCUGGGUCAUGAAAAAUUCUUAAAUACAAUAAUUAAAACGUUAGGCUUUAAAAUGUAAUAAGAUUUUGAGAGGUCUUAAAAAUUGAUUGGAUGAAGAAGUUUAUAUUUAAUAUUACUGUAGGGUUCCGUGAAACUCCAUAGUAUAAAGGCAACAGCUGCUUUUGGUCGUGGCUCUUCCUUCACUUCAGAAAAAGCAACAACUCUACUGCAUCUCUCUAGCCUGACAGGCCAGACUCGCAUCAAGAUGUUGGGUCUGGGAACACACCAUUGGCAGGGCUCAAUCCGAGGGGCGGGCUAAAUGGUUGUCUUUCAAAUUCACUCUGCACGCAAAGGGAUAACGCUACAACCAACCAGUGCAACGAAGAAGGUAGCGGAGCUAGUUGAUGGAUUCAA